AUGAUUAACAUAGAUAAUAUUGAUCUGCCCAGGGCAAUUAAACUAAUAAAAACUCUGGAAAAGCAACUAGAGGAAGUUAAUGUAGUGAGUAAAGAGUAUGAAAAUGAAAUGGAAAAUGUUUUAAAAACAUUACAGACUGAACUAAGUAAAUUGCAAGAAAUUAAUAAAGAAUAUCAAAUAAACAAGAGAAAUUUGGAAAUACGAGUAGAAGAGUUAGAAACCGAAAAUGCCUGCUUAAUACACAAGACAAAAACUUUAACCAAAAACAACGAUAAAUUACUAGAGGAAAACAUAUUGUUAGAACAUGAAGUCUGUGAUUUACGGAAGUAUAUUGAUUCUAACCCUCUCCAUAGUAUAUACAGUGACAAGUCUUCUAAGUCUUCCAUAUACUCAAGAAAUUCGUUAACAGUAUCUACUAAUGGCUCUUCUUUGAUAGUAAAACCGCUAUGUAAAAACUCUUAUGGUAAUGAGAUGGGACCUACACCCACAAUUAAGGAAUCACAUUCAAUAGUUAUGGCUACUACCAUACCCAUGUCAUUAUCCACUUAA